AUGUGGUGCUCCUGCGCUCUUGCCCAUAGGGCAUUAGAUGCUGGGGUUGAUGACGACUGGAAGGCCAUGCAAACAGCACCUCAACCCAGAGCCCAGGGUGUGGAUCCUGAGAAGAUGUGUAAUCACAGGCCGUUCCGUUCCUGUCGUGCCUGGCGAACAUCCGUGGACGGCGAUCAGGACUGGGCAACAGCGCAGCAUACCCGCAUCACCCUUACAGGGCGAUCAACGAUACCGCCGCUCUCCCCCACACUCACUAUCGAGACGCAGGAGAGACAGGAGCAGGGCCUAGCGACCGCUCAGCACCUCCGCCGCUGA